AUGCCUGGUAAACCGAAGGACCGCACCCUGCCGCCAAAUGGCAUUCCCCGACUCACUGCCGCCGACAUCAAUCGCAAACUACCCAAAAAUAAAAUGUUUGUCUCUGAUGCUGGAGCGGCGGCGAUAGUGGCCAAGAGCCACCUAGUAUUCGACUUAGUCUAUGACCACACCGCCAACCCGUCAGCCCAGGUCGAUGCCAUCUCACAUCUCGCCCGCUACAAUGUCCACCAUGAUCCUGACGGUCCUUGUCCGACAGGGCAUUGGUCCAUUGCCUGGUCAAACCACAAGGACCGCAGUAGCCCUCCCGCCAUAUGGAGCAUCAAGUACAUUCUUAUGGUCUGCACUUGUGGCUAUGACCACACAAAACGAAACAGCAAGAAUCGAACGGCGGCGUUCCCGCUGACGGACUGCCCUGCCCAUCUCGAGAUUACGGUGCAUCCACCGACCGGCGCCAUUCUCCGUGUCCGUGGGCUCGCCGAGCAUAACGCCGCCUGCGACUCGGCGAUGCUGGAGCAUCGGCCUCACCAGCCAGUCGCGGCCAUUGUCUACCGGACGGCGCUCGAGCCACUCAGUAGUGUAGCCCUUGUUUUUUUAUCUGGAUUUAUUUAUGUUUUUAUUUUAAAAAAACUUGAAUUUAUUUAUGGAUUUUUCUCUCUGUUUCUUGCGCCACCCAUCCCGCCUCCCGCCUCCCGCCUCCCGCCUCCCGCCUCCCGCCUCCCGCCUCCCGCCUCCCACCUCCCGCCUCCCACCUCUCGCCUCCCACCUCCCGGCCUCACGGUGACGCCGAGCCACUCUCACACACACUCCGGAGGCUGA